GGGAGGGAAGGAGGAUGAGAUCGGGGGUUGACUGUUCAUCCGAGCUCCUCCAUAUCAAAGCCUGAAAAAGGAAAGAGCAACAGCUCCACAAAACAACAAACUCCAAACCCUACCCCACUCUCUUUUCUCUCUCUAUCUCUUCCAUGGCGGAAGGCGGAGCCGAGGUCAAUCGUCCGGCGCGGCGCCACCGCUCCUCCCCGGCGCUCGCCUGAUCCCCCCCGACCGCCGAUCGCGCCAGCCCGCAGAUCCGGCAUUGGCGUCGCCGCCGGGAACACCCCCCCGUCAAUGCGGUCUCGGCCGCCGCCGCCAUCAUCAUCGCCCCCGCGCACCGACGACGAUCCCCGCAUUGCCGCUCCCGCCAGAUCGCGCCGCCGCCCCUCUCCCCCCUCCCCGGCUCCCGUCUCCCGCCUCGGCGCUGGCGUCCGGAUCCGAUGGUGGCCGCCGCGAGGCGAUCGCGAACCGCUGCCCUCGUCGUCUUCCUUUGCUCCCGUCGGCGUCUUUGUGGUGAGAUUGAGCGUGCUUAGAGAAUGAUGCAGCUUAGCUUCUCGCCUAGCAUGAGGAGUCUGACCAUAUCGAGCAGCAAUGGAUUCGCCGACUUGAUGAAGAUCAAGAUCGCAGCCCGCCACUUCUCGUACCGGACGCUCUUCCACGCCAUCCUCAUCCUCGCGUUCUUGUUGCCCUUCGUGUUCAUUCUCACCGCCGUCGUCACUCUCGAGAGUGUCCCCAACUGCUCCUCCUCCCUCGGUUGUUUAGGUAGAAGAUGGGGGCCUAGCUUUCUUGGUAGGGUUGAUGCUUCAGAGAGAUUAGUGAGAGACUUGUAUAUGAUCCUCAAUGAUGUCAAUACUGCUGCAAUCCCCAAUAAUUUACAGCUCCCAGAUUCAUUUAGUCAACUUGUUCUUGAAAUGAAGAACAACCAGUAUGAUGCAAGAACCUUUGCCUUGAUGUUAAGAGCAACGAUGGAGAAAUUUGAAAGAGAGGUCAGGGAGUCCAAAUUUGCUGAACUGAUGAACAAGCAUUUUGCUGCCACAUCUAUUCCAAAAGGCAUCCACUGUCUGUCUCUGCGUUUAACAGAUGAAUAUUCCUCUAACGUUCAUGCGCGAGUACAAUUGCCAUCUCCAGAGCUUCUUCCUCUGCUCUCGGACAACUCCUAUCACCAUUUUAUUUUAUCUACUGACAACGUUCUAGCUGCUUCAGUUGUUGUCGCUUCUGCAGUUCAGUCAUCUUUAAAACCUGAGAAGAUAGUCUUUCAUGUCAUCACUGACAAGAAAACUUACUCAGCGAUGCACUCAUGGUUUGCACUUAAUCCUGUAUCCCCAGCUAUUAUCGAAGUAAAAGGUAUUCACCAGUUUGACUGGUUAAUGAAAGAAAACAUUCCUGUGCUAGAAGCAGUUGAGAACAACAGGGGAGUAAGGACUUAUUACCAUGGAAAUCAUAUUGCUGGAGCAAAGCUUGAUGAUACAACUCCAAGGAUGUUUGCUUCGAAAUUGCAAUGGAAAAGUCCAAAAUACAUUUCCUUACUCAAUCAUCUGAGAAUAUAUAUACCAGAGCUAUUUCCAAACCUCGACAAGGUGGUUUUCCUGGACGAUGAUGUUGUUAUUCAGCGUGAUCUAUCUCCACUUUGGGAACUUGAUCUUGGUGGAAAGGUUAAUGGAGCUGUCGAAACUUGUAGGGGUGAAGAUGAUUGGGUUAUGUCCAAGCAUUUCAAAAAUUACUUCAAUUUCUCUAAUCCACUUAUAGCAAAACAUUUGGACCCUGAUGAAUGUGCUUGGGCCUAUGGCAUGAAUAUAUUUGAUCUCCGUGCAUGGAGAAAGACUGAUAUAAGGGACAUUUAUGAGUACUGGCUAAAAGAGAAUCUGAAGUCAAAUAUGACGAUGUGGAAAUUGGGUACUCUUCCUCCUGCUUUGAUUGCAUUCAGAGGUCAUAUUCACCCAAUCGACCCAUCGUGGCACAUGCUUGGCUUGGGGUAUCAGAUUAAGACCGAUGUUGAGAGUGUCAAGAAGGCUGCAGUUAUACAUUAUAAUGGUCAGUCGAAACCCUGGUUGCAGAUUGGCUUUGACCACCUGAGGCCAUUUUGGAGCAAAUACGUGAACCACUCCAAUGAUUUCGUAAGAAGCUGUCGGAUAUUGGAGUCAUAGUUGCUCAGCUCGGAGAGAGCUUGUAGCAGGAAAAUACACGGAAGGACAGAUGAUAUGGUGAAGGGCCAUAUUGUCAAUGGCAUUUCUUCGCAUAAUGCGUUCAUAUUGCAAGCAGAAUUUCUCGGAGUGUACAGCCUCGCUUGUCAGAGAUUUGCAUCAUCCGUUGCACUUUCGGCAGAGAAGAAGCCAGAUAACUAGGUCAUGAACCUGAUUUUCUCUGUCCGACACUGGCAACAGAAAAGGGUAUGAGAUCAAUUGGAGGGCACUCCCUUUUAGCUUCCAAAUGCAGGGAUUCUCACUUCUAAACAGCACUUCAUUUACUUGGCAAUUUUUGUCACCAUUUUUUUCCUCCCGAUUUUCCCAAUAUUAUUUGUAGAUGUAAUUGAAUCGGACGCUGCUACGAUACCCAUCAGUAGGGAGAAAUUGUUUCUAGAUAAUUUUUUGUUUAUGUCAUAUUGUACUAUACAAGAUAAGGUUUAUUUGUGCAGAAAAUUCUUUUGCUUGAGAA